CCUGGCGCUCCGAUUUCUCUGCAAGCAAAGCCCGAUUUUUCCAUUUUCCAUUCGAUUUGCAUAGAAUCCCAGCAAUCUGCGAAAUUGAAUUUCGAGUUCUUCCUCGGUUUCAUUGGCGCAGACCAUCGAUCGAGUAGUAGGUUCUCGAAUUGUUGGCGAUGGGGGAAUUGCAAAUGGAGGACAUGCCCUUGCCGUCCCUGUUCGAGCAGUCUCGCAAGAUUCAUCUCGCCGCCGCGGAGUCCGCCGUCGAUCAGGAUGCUGUGAAGAGAGGAAUCGAGGCUUUGCGGAAGUGCGAGGACAUGAUAAGUAAGCUGGGAUUGUUCUCGGCCAACGAGACGAAGGAUGAUAUCAGCACUUCUAAUCUCAAGUAUAUUCUGGUCCCUUUUUAUCUGGCCGAGUUGACAGAAAGGGUUGCUGCUGAUGAUAGGGUACCCAUUAUUAAAGCCUCUCAGGAAAAACUAAAGGAAUUUGUGUCUUUUUGUGAAGCAAUGGAACUUUUACCCAAGGAAGAGUUAGAGACAUCUGUGCACGGAGGUUCAAAUCAAAUGGUAGAUCGAAGAGCUAGAAAGAUAGUACGUUUUAAACGUCAAAAAGCUGCUGAAUCAAAGUUGCUUGAAAUCAAGGAACGGAAAGAGCGGCGUGGGAGGUCAACCAAAGCAGCUGCCUUAUCUACUCCUGUGGAAGCAAGAGAAGAAGAAAUGGUUGAUGACGACAGCGAGGAAGAGCGUGAGGCUUGGCUUAUUGCAAUCUCUCUAGCGAUUUGUAAGGCUCUGGAUUUACUAGAAAUGCUGAAGAAAGAGGAAGAAAUGCUUUCUGCUAUCAAAGAGAAGCAGUCAAAGGAAGGGCAAAAGGAGUUCUCUCGUGCUAUUCUGGAUGAGCGCACGAAGACGGCUGAAGCUUGGCACCGUAAUGCUGCAACUCGUGCACGAUAUACUAAACCGGCACAACCUAUUACAUGUGCUACUUUUGCACAAGAUGUUUUGGAAGGUAGGGCAAACGUUUCAGAUGUUCAUGAACAUAAACACCAACCCCUGAUAUUUGGACCUGCGAGUCUCGUAAAUGGGAGUCUGACUAGCGAGAGGGAUAGAAUGGCAGCACAAGUGUUUCAACCAGGUCACCGGAUGCCAACCAUGAGCAUAGAGGAAGCUGGCUUGAAGGAGAUGCAGAUGAUGCAGAAGUUUCAAGAGAGAAAUGCCAAGUUCAUGGAAGAGGCUAAUUCCUCGUGGUACAAGGAGCGGAAACAGCCGGGGCCAGUUGAAGAUGAGGACGAAGACGAUGAUGCUGCUCAAGAGAAGGCAAGAGCCUGGGAUGACUGGAAAGAUGACAAUCCUCGCGGGGCAGGAAAUAAGAAACUCACACCUUGCGGGUGAACACGGGGGGGAUCCGUUCUACGUUUCCUCUCUUGCUGGUGAAGCUUCUCCUGCAUGCCUGAACGAUACCUUUUGCUUUUUCUUUGGUAAGUUUUGCAGACGAGAAUCUUUGUAAAUUAUCACGGUUUCGGGUAAGAUCGUUAUUCUUUAUGCC